UGUGAAUAAUGGUUGAGAAAACUUCUGUUGAGACUAGCGUCGGGGAAACCAAAGCGCUUGGCGUCCUCCAUGGGCUAGCAUCGACACCAUGGCCAGCAAUUGGCUUGAGCGGCUUGUUGAUUGGAACGUCAUUGCUUUCGCCUAAACAUCCUUCUCUCCCCCCAUUUGUCCAGCGGUUUUCUUUCGGCUUUGUCUUUGCCGGGGCGGGUUACAUCGUUAACACAGGUGAUGUACGGAACGGAAGUGGUGUAGCUACCGCUUGGUCAUUAACAUAUCUUCUCUUGAAUCGGAUGCGCUCACACUUCUAUCCACCAGAGGUCCCUGUGCCUCGGACACCUUUAUCCUUGCUUCUCAGUGGCGCAACUGCCUCGGUUGCUGCUUUAUACGGGGUGGAGCAUUUCGUGAUCGAUCCUGGUUUGCAAGUUACAGCAGAUGUAUCAUAAGAACUCUGUUGUGUUUCUCGCCUCACUUCUACCUGAUUGAUGCGGCAUUUGAAGAGACAAAAGGCAAUUCAUGU